CGCUCUUACGGCGCAAGUUGUGUUGGAGGCUUGGGCCUGAGCUGCUAUUUAGCUGUUUAGCUUUGGAAAGAAAUAAGGCGGGAGGAGGAAGUGGAGCGGGGUUACGUGUUCCGUCGGACGUUCCCGUGUUAUGGGGCCCUGGUUGGAUUCGGGCUGGAGUCUCUGUUCGGUCGGUGGGGCCUAAAGCGGGUGCCCGAGGGAGGGAUAUGAUCUAUUGAGGGAAGGAGGGGAGAAGCCGGCGCUUCACACCCUCAGGAGAGUCCGGGGAGCGACGCUACAAUGGCUCAGGAGAAAAUGGAGCUGGAGCUGGAAAUGCCGGGGCCCCCGAGUGAUGGGAAUCUGAGGAGGUCCAAUAGCGCCCCUCUAAUCAAUGGACUCAGUGACAAUUCACCGGUGUUUCAGGCUGAUUUUGUAAGAGCACGUCGGAACAGUACCACAGUAGUGAAUCAACAGAGUCUGAUGCCAGCAUCUUCCCCAAUUUGCAUUCCCAGCAGCAGACUUUAUCAGCUCAAAAGGGAAGAAACUUUGGAUGUCAUGGACCGAGAAACGGCUAGGGAAAGGGAAGUGCAAACAUCGAUGCAGAUGAUUGUGUCCUGGGAAGAAAGCUUUAACUUGAGUGAUACUGAUCUCGAGAUAAUAGAAAAAACAUCAUCUCCAAAGCGCAUUGACUUUAUCCCAGUGUCUCCAGCUCCUUCACCUCCAAGAGGUAUUGGAAAGCAAUGUUUCUCUCCAUCUUUACAAAUGUUUGUGAGCAGUAAUGGCCUGCCCCCGAGUCCUAUCCCCAGCCCUACAAGGCGUUCCUCAACCAAAAGAAGCCGGAGUCCUGUCAACUAUAUACGCCCAAGUGCAUUUGGUCCUAUUAAAAGGAAAGGCGAGAUGGAGAUGGAAGUGGAAAAUCAACCCAAGAGACUUUUUCAGGGGACCACAAACAUGCUUUCUUCUGAUGUCUCCCACAUGUCCUACUUCAGCUGCCUGUCUUCAGAUCUUGAAAGCAGCAGCAGUAUCAGCUCAUCAUGGGAUUCUGUGGCAAAGGAAAGCAAUCUGACCAAUUCUCCGGCAGCCCACUCAAGCUCCUUCUCUUCAUUCAUGUCACUGGAAGAUCUUUCCCCAAAGUAACGCUCUGUAGUGGUUACCAUACUUAAUUUUUUUUCCCUUGAAGCAACCACCUUGGACACUUGGACACUGGAGUGGCAACACAUGGCUUGUAUAUCAAUGAAAUUAUGCACUGAUGUGCCCAAAAUUUGCCAUUGUGAUCCAAUUAUUUAUUGAUGGCUUUGCAAUUUUAUUUCUUUUCCUAUUUAUUUAACAGGAUUAUAUAUAUAUAUAUAUAUAUUAUAUAUAUAUAUGAUAUACAAUCAUGAAUUAUAAAUGUUUUUAUUUUGCCCAGUAUGAUGUUAGGUUAAAUAUUACUAUAAAUUUGUAGCAGAACCAUGGUGGCAGUUUAUAUAAGUAAUAGAAUAAAGGAAAACCAGUGUGUAAGGUGCUGGGUAGAACCUAUGUAUGGUGGGCCUGGGUGCACCCCCCCAUACCUUCAGCAGAGGGAGUAAACACCAGAAAAAAUUAACUGCCCAAACCACACGAGUAGAGAAGCAGGAGCUGGAUUGUAGAAGAAGUAAAAUAUCACAUUUUGUUUUCCAUAGUUAAAAGCAAAGGACUGCAGCGUUUCGUUUCUCCAGCCUGAGUCUGGGGACACGAAACAUGUCAGGCCUUUGCUAAUGUAUAGAACAGAUACUAGCUGUUAAUUAUUAUGGUAGCAUAAAUAGUUGCUGAUUUUAUUUCAGACUGUUGUCAAUGGUGUGGAACUGACUUUUGCCAAUGU